AUGCUGCUAUUGCCACCACCGCUGCUGCUGCUGUCCCUGCUGUGGGCAUGGUCCCUGGCUUGGGACAGCGAAUACCGGCUGGAAGUGCAGGAGUCCGUGACGGUGCAGGAGGGCCUGUGUGUCCGCGUGCCCUGCUGCUUCUACUAUCCCCGGGACAAGUGGGACAACUUUGUCCCAGCUUUCGGCUACUGGUUCCAGGACGGGGCCAGAACCGACCAGGAUCGUCCAGUGGCCACAAACGACCCAGGUCGUGAGGUGCUGACAGACACCCAGGGCCGAUUCCACCUCCUUGGAGACCCCCGGACCUACAACUGCUCCCUGGACAUCAGAGAUGCACGGCAGGGAGACACGGGGACAUACUUCUUUAGGGUGGAGAGCGGGCCUUCUGUGAAAUAUAAUUAUGUACACAGCAAGCUCCACCUGCAUGUAACAGCUCUGACACAGACACCCGACAUCCACGUCCAGGGGACCCUAGAAUCUGGCCUCCCCAGGAAUAUCACCUGUGCAGUGCCAUGGGCCUGUGAGAGGGGGACACCCCACACCUUCUCCUGGACCGGGGUUGCCCUCCCUUCCCUGCACCCCAAGGGCCCCCACUCCUCGGUGCUCACCCUCACCCUGGGGCCCCAGGACCACGGCACCAACCUCACCUGUCGAGUGACCUUCCCCGGAGCUGGCGUGAGCGCAGACAGAACCAUCAGGCUCAACGUGUCCUAUGCACCCCAGAAGCCGACCGUCAGAGUGUUCCGGAAGGAAGACACAGUCCAGGAGGGCCAGUUCCUACGCCUGGACUGUGUUGCCGACAGCAACCCUCCUGCCAGGAUGAGCUGGAUCCGGGGGAGCCUGACCCUGAGCCCCUCCAAUUGCUCGAACCCAGGGGUCCUGGAGCUGCCCCGGGUGGAACUGGAGGACCAUGGGAAAUAUGUCUGCCGAGCUCAGCAUCCGUUGGGGUCCAAGGAAGCAUCUCUGAGCCUCGUUGUGAAAAACCCCCCGCAGCUGCUGGGACCCGCCUGCUCCCAGGAGGAGGAGGGGCAGUCGGGCCACGUCGCAGCACAGGUGAUUCUGACGGCCAUCUGGGAAGCGGCUGUCAAGAUCCCGCUACUCUUCUUGGUCCUCAUCGCCCUCCUAGUGACGUCCCGCAGGAGGAAGGCAGCCAGGCCGCAGGGGGCGCGUCUAUUGCAAGCGCCAUUCCAGGUUACCCCUCUGGCAUCCAAUAAUCACUAA